AAUCCCUUCAGCAGGCGAGAGUCUUACGGCUCGGGGGCUGUCACCACCUACAAGGUCCUCACCCUCCUGACCUGGCUCCUUUCCGUUGUCGUCUCUGUCUACUAUGUUAUCAACGAGCCUCACGAUGGAUUCACAAUUCGCAGGCGUAUCUGGGACCAGAAUGACCUCUACCGCACUGCCUUUACCCUGAAUUCCGUCAUUGGAAACAUAUACUGGGUCGUCCUCUUCAUCCUGCAGUUUGGGUACCUCACCCAUCUUUUCUCCUCCAACGCCGAGCACGUUCACGCCGCAGCGAGUGUCGGCAGCCACUUCAUCCUCAACAAUCUCUUCCAUUUCGCAUUCGUCAUGCUCUUUGUCCGCUCCCACUUCAUCUGGGCAGAGCUCAUCCUUGUUCUCAACUUCUUUAACCUGAGCUCUCUUUACUUCCGCCACAACACAUACCCUCGCUUUAUCCACGCCCCCGUUGUCUCCGGACCCUUGGCUUGGACCUUUGUGGCCAUCUACUGGAAUGGCGCUCUCAUGAUCCGCCACCCCCACCAUCUGGUCCCUCGAAUCUUUGGAAACAUUUUCAUUUGGGCCAUUUUGGUUUAUGGGCUCUUCUUCAUCAUAAUUUACAAGGAUUACACCAUCGGCUUUGCCCUCAGCGUACUUUCCGCUUCAAUUGGCGUCGCACAGUUUCUCCAUCAGGUCAUUGCUCUACAGUGGAUCUUCGCUUUCAUCAUCAUGGCCCUGCUGUUCAUUGCCACCGUCACCGUGGCCGUCCCAGCUUGGACAGGACGCGAGGUCUUCUGGAAACGAUCUGCCCCAGCCGACGGAGAACGCGCUCCCCUGCUCACCGAACCU